AUGGAUUCAGUAGAAUAUAAGCUUAGUCCUAAGUUAGCUAGGCUGAGGAGGAUUUGUAUCAUCAAUGAGAAGAGAAAUAGAAAAAUACAAGCUUCCAUACAGAAUGCUUCUGAGAAUGAUUUUGCAAACAACACAUUGCUUCCAAUAAAGAGAAGGUCCCACAUGAUUUCUAAUAACAACAUAACGGAUUUUUGUUCAUUAAGUAUUGGCUUUGUUUCUCACACACAAAUACUCCCAAGUAAGAGUAUAGUGCUUAGGGAGAAAUCAAUCAUCGAAUCAUUAUGUAGAAAUAGCAAAGAGUUGUUUAAUUCUUCUCAAUUCUUCAAUGGUGAGAGCUCUAACCAAGUUGUCUACAAUAAGAAACCGGUAUCACAUGUUAACAAUGGACAUUAUGAAGGUCUUGAUGCCUUUGAUGAUAUAGUGAUUGACUCAGAUUAUAUUCAACAAGAAAUUCAUAAUAAUAAUACAGGGUCAUCUAGCUUAAACACAUUAUCCAAUUGCAAUUUGACAUGCGAAAUAGUUACCUGGGAUGCUGGGGAUCCAAUUCAUGUAUGUCGAUAUUGCAAAGCUAUGAUGUGGGACGGUGAAAGGCUAUCUAAGAGCAAAGGAAGUAAUAUCCCUAUAUUCCGCACAUGUUGCAUGAGUGGGAAGGUUGAGCUUCCUUUUCUUAGGGAGGCACCCCAGAUUUUACAAGAUUUGCAUUUUGAGGAUGAUGAACGUGGUAGAUACUUUCGCAAGAACAUACGUUCUUUUAAUUCCAUGUUUUGCUUAAUAUCCAUGGCUGGUAAAAUUAAUCACAAUAUAAACAAUGGAUCUGCACCUCCUACGUUCUCUCUUAGUGGUCAAAAUUACCAUUCAAUUGGAAGUUUGCUUCCCUCACCAAGUGAUAUUCCAAAGUUUGCACAGUUAUACAUAUACGACACUGAAAAUGAGAUUCAAAAUCGCAUAUCUGCCAUCAGAUCUUCCAAUUCGAAUAAUGUUAUUGAGCAAACAAUUGUUAAUGAGUUGAAACAAAUGAUGGAUCUUCACAAUCCUCUUCCAAAGUCAUUUCGAUGUGCACGCGGUCGCUUCAAAGAAGAUUCAAAAACUAAUAUCAAGCUCAAACUAAUUAGAAAAAGGGAAAAGGAUGGCAGGAGGUAUAACCUCCCAACAGCUUCUGAGGUUGCAAUACUUAUUGUUGGUGAUAUUGAUGAGUCAAGUUUGCAGAGAGACAUCAUUCUUGAGACUACCUCUAACAGGCUAAAAAGGAUAGAUGUCCUUCACCCGUCUUACCUGUCUCUACAGUAUCCUUUGAUUUUUCCCUAUGGGGAGGAUGGUUUUAGGCCAGGUAUUGAGAACUCUUCCACGUUUGAUAUUUCUGGUACUAAGAAGAGAAAGACUAUAAGCAUAAGAGAAUUCUUUUCAUACAGAAUACAAAUGCGUUUGGAAGGAUCAUCUAUACUAUUACAUUCAAGAAGAUUAUUUCAGCAGUUCUUAGUUGAUUCAUAUACUAUGAUUGAGUCUGAGCGUCUUAGAUAUUUACGCAACAACCAACCUAAGCUCAGGGUUGACAAGUACAACUCAUUGCACGAAUCUUUAGUUAGGGGAGAAGCUGAUGCGAUUCUUUCUGGUCAAAGAAUAAUUCUUCCAAGCAGUUUCACUGGUGGUCCUAGAUACAUGUUUAACAAUUGUAAAGAUGCAUUUGCCAUUUGCAAGUAUUUUGGAUACCCCAAUUAUUUUAUCACAAUUACUUGCAAUCCUGAAUGGGACGAGAUCAAACGCCUUUUACAUGGCACUGGCCUUAAGGCAGAGGAUCGUCCUGAUAUUGCCUCAAGAAUCUUUAAUGUGUGCACAGUUGAAUUUCAGAAACGAGGUCUACCACAUGCUCACAUUCUGUUGUUCAUGCAACCACAAUAUAAGCCUAAAUCACCCGAUGAUAUUGACAGCGUGAUAUCUGCUGAAAUCCCUGAUAAGACUAAUAUGCCUAGACUUUAUGCAGCUGUUGAGAAGUUCAUGGUUCAUGGUCCAUGUGGGAGGCACAACAUCAGUAGUCCAUGCAUGAUAAAUGGAAGGUGUUCUAAGUUUUUUCCAAAGCCAUUCAGGAAUAGAACGAUUAUUGACGAGGGUGGUUUCCUAAAGUAUAAAAGGCUGGAUAAUGGUCAUACAAUAACUAAGAAGAAUGCAAUUUUGGAUAAUUCUUAUAUUGUACCUUACAAUCCUGAUCUACUCUUAAAGUAUGGUUGUCACAUUAACGUGGAGCAUACAUGUCAGACUUCUUCUAUUAAAUAUUUAUUCAAGUACGUCCGUAAGGGUAAUGAUAGGGUUACUGCCUCAUUUUACCAAACAUCUGGUGAUGGGUCUUCUCAACAAGUUGUUGAUGAGAUACAUAACUACAAUGAUUGUCGUUACAUUUCUGCAUGUGAGGCAGCUUGGCGGAUAUUUGGUUAUGAGAUUCAGCUUAAAGAACCUGCAGUGAUUCGUCUACCAUUCCACCUACCUGACAAGCAACCAGUUGUUUUCAAGGACCAUGAGAACAUUGCUGAUGUUAUUCGACGUGUAGAUGGUAAGGUUACUAAGUUAGCUGCUUGGAUGUUGGCUAAUCGUGAGUAUCCUUUUGCUAGAUCUUUAACAUACAGCGAAUUUCCUACAAAAUUUGUAUGGAAAGAUGAUUCAUGCAUGUGGUUUCCUCGCAAACAAGGCUUUUCUAUUGGACGGCUGACUCAUGUUCCACGUGGUACGGUGAGGAUUAUUACAUGA